GAUAACAGUUUAAGUCAAGUGGCUAAAUAGGUAAAAAUGGACUUUACAGUGGCUUAAAUAUAUAUUUGUGUUUGACUGAUGAGCUGAAGGACUGAGUAAUGGAUAGGAAAGGAAACAUGCGGCGCGCCACUUCGGCUGGGUACCGUUUACCGGACCGACCCAAUGGUCCUCUCGCCUCUCAGUCCUCGGUCUCAGUGUUCAGGAAUUCAGGGGACAGGACACGAAACACCGGCGAGACACCGGCGCAAGACGAUGAUACCCGAGAUCCGGUAAAGCAGGACCAGGUUUGGAGAGAGUUUAUGCGCGCGGAGCGAACCGGUGUGAAAGAAUGGGAGAAGAACUGGAGUUUCCUGAUGAACUUUGACCAGCUGGGUCAUCCGCAUACAGAAACUCCUCUCCCCAGCUCGGUGUCUUCAUACUCAGACAGAGUCCCAAACACCAGUAACCAAAUGUUCGGCAGCGGCCUGUACACUGAGCUGGGCAAAGAGCUGAUUCGCCUGGACAAUCUGCUAACCCUGACAGCGAACCACCGCAAGACCAAAAGGAAUCCAGAGAUGCAACCCUGCUGAGGUUUGCAGGCAAAGGAUCUGUUCAAAACACACUGUAGUGUUUUAGCAGAGAUUUGUUGCCUUCUCUAGAGACCUUCCCUUGGGUCGUUCUGUUUGUCUUGCCUUUACCUGUAUAACUAGACAAACUCAAGGUGUUCAGUGGGUGAUCGUUUGUUUUAUAGAUGUAUUUUUUUCUCUGGACAGCCCAAAUACCAGCUGCCAACCUGUGUAUGUAUGUGUGUGUGUGUUUGUUGUUUGUUUUGACAAUAUGUUGAGAGCUUCUGUUUUUAUAUUAGAUUUUGUGUUGACAUUAAUAUGCAUCUAUCAGAGUACUGUAAUAUGUUGAUAAAGGCAGUAAAUAUGAGCCUGAUUUUAGAAUAUACUAUUUACAUAUUCAUUUUUUAGAUGAACGCUGUUACUCCUCAGUGUAUAAAUGCUAAUUAUUUACAGAACUGGAUUAAAACUCCUAGAUCAGAGAGAUUUUUUUUCUGUACUUGAAAGGGUUAGAUUUGUUUGCAUCUCAAGAGAAAAGAGGAAUUAGAUGUGUCGGGUAAUUCUUCACAGUUCAGUUUACAAAUAGUCCUAGCCAAUUUAGACAUUUUAUCCAUGCAACAUUAUGAGGAUUAGAACUGGAAUAUUUUGCCAAGACCUUCUACAUUUGCAAUGUUUAAAAAUAUACAUCUUGCCAAAUUAUAUUCCAAUAAAGUUUUUCUCUUUUUAAACGGCUACAUUGUGUGCCUUCUUUUUGGCCACAAAUGUGAUGACAUUCAAAAGAGAUUUCAAAAUACAUUCACAUAUUUUUUUUCUUAUUUGUACUCUUUGAGAGAAUGAGAGAUGGAAUGUUUUUGACAGGCUUGAACUUUUUAUUUUCCUAGUAAUUUGAUGUGUAAUAAUUAUGAUUGAUUUGAAACUUAGGAAUGCAUAAAAUGGGGAGUCGGUUCAAUCUUGUGAUACCAAAUAUAUUUCAGGUAAUAUUACUACAGCCAGGUUGUUUCUCAUGUGUGUCCCAUUAGAGAUAAAACGCGCCCUCUAGUGGAAGAAUUUAACUUCUUAACAAUAUCAACAAGUGAAAACUUACUUCAUAAUGGAGUUGCACCGACAAGAGGUCGCUGUUACACUCAUUCAUUAGGAGGUUUUGUUGCUUUAGUGUUCCUCGCGCUACUUCAAAAUUGGUUUGAGAAUAAAUUCAUAAAGGACUGUGAAUCUUAUGAAUAAACCAAUAGGCCAUUUAUGAGGUCCAACUGCAGUUCCAUUUAAUUUGAAAACUUCAUAUACAUGCAAUUCUUUAUUUGAUUCACCUCAUAAAUAAACUAAUAAAAAGGCAAUUUACAAUGCACACCACUCUAUAAUUUUUACAUACUGUGUUCAGUCACCUCUCAUUUCGCACUCACGUUCAUUACAGCACAACCUUUACUCCUGAACAUUUCUGUUUUGAAAUUAUGUGGAGUAAUGAAACUAAAAGUCUAGUGAUGUUCUGUGAUUCUUCUGUGAUAUGUGGUGGGUGUGAGGAGAAUGCUAUCCACUGGAGGAUAUUUGCAUUAUCCUGUGUGCAGCCGUUCGUGGGCGAGACAGAGAGAAGAGAGGCUUAUGGGUAAAGACUGCUGUUGUCGUCGACGAUAGUGAUGGAUUCAUUUGAACGAAUCGAUUCUUUUGACCAACUCAUUUCAAAGAAUCUUUAACAUAAAGGAUUCAACAAUUAUUUUACGUCAUGACGCACUCGAGUCAUCACGUGGUUCUUGAUUUCCUAGUGUGGCAUAUUGCCUACUGUAAAACUUUCAUAAAAGCCAUAUUUAGGCACGUUUGUUGGCGUUUAUUACAAUUGCAUGUGUUUUCAUUAUAUUUAAAUUUAGUAAUUAGAACUUAA